GGCCCGCAGGCCCCGCCCCCUCCCGCUGAAAGGCCCCGAAUCAUGUCGGCGCCGGUGGCGGCGGCCGGGCCUCCGGACCCCUGCUCGGCAGCGGCCGCCGUGAUGGUGAAAGGCGCCGCCAGACGGGGCUCGGCCUCCUCCAGCUGCGAGUCGCCGCGCUCGGGAAGCCCCAUGUCUCCCGGCCCUGGGCCCGGAGCCGGGGAGUUGCCGAGCAUCUUCGCCCCGGAGCUGGACGGGGAGGUCGGCGAGAAUGUGAACGGCGAGCUGGAGCCCGACCUGGCGUCCAAGUUUGUGUUGGUGAGUCCGAGUUCCGAACAGUAUGACUGCCUGCUGAAACAGUUGCGAGAGCGAAUGGACGAGGGCUGUGGGGAGACCAUCUAUGUAAUUGGGCAAGGAUCAGAUGGCAAGAAGUACGGUCUAAAUGAUGAUGACAUUGAAGCGUCUGUAGCAACUGUCAAGAGUCUGGCUGAGCAGAUCUACUCUGAUCUCAUUCUUCUCCGAGAGCGUCAGGAGGCGGGAGGGAAAGUGGCUGACUACUUAGUUCGGAAGCGAGUUGGGGAGAAUGACUUUUUGGAGGUCAGGAGGUGGGGAAAGGUGGCAGUUGUUGGCAAUGUGGAUGCUGGGAAGAGCACGCUGUUGGGCGUACUGACACAUGGUGAACUUGACAACGGGCGAGGAUUUGCACGGCAGAAACUUUUCCGUCACAAGCAUGAGGUUGAAUCUGGGCGGACAAGCAGUGUUGGCAAUGACAUUCUAGGCUUUGACAGCACUGGGGAUGUUGUUAACAAACCAGACAGCCAUGGCGGUGGGCUGGACUGGACCAAAAUCUGUGAGAAAUCCACUAAAGUCAUCACCUUCAUUGACCUGGCAGGACAUGAGAAAUACCUUAAGACCACAGUGUUUGGAAUGACAGGGCAUCUACCAGACUUCUGCAUGUUGAUGGUCGGUAGUAAUGCUGGAAUCGUGGGGAUGACCAAAGAGCACCUGGGACUUGCACUGGCCCUCAACGUUCCUGUAUUUGUUGUGGUGACAAAGAUAGACAUGUGUCCAGCUAACAUCCUACAGGAAACUCUGAAGUUGUUGCAGAGGUUGCUGAAGUCUCCAGGCUGCAGAAAGAUCCCAGUCCUGGUCCAGAACAAGGAUGAUGUGAUUGUUACAGCGUCGAACUUCAGCUCUGAAAGGAUGUGCCCAAUUUUCCAGAUCUCCAAUGUGACUGGGGAGAACCUGGAACUGCUGAAGAUGUUUUUGAACCUGUUGUCACCACGGACAAGUUUCAAGGAGGACGAGCCGGCAGAGUUUCAGAUUGACGACACUUACUCCGUCCCGGGUGUUGGUACUGUGGUAUCUGGAACAACACUAAGAGGUCUGAUCCGAUUAAAUGACAUAUUACUGCUGGGACCCGACCCGCUGGGAAACUUCAUGCCCAUCGCAGUGAAGUCAAUCCACAGGAAACGAAUGCCAGUCCGGGAGGUUCGAGGUGGCCAGACUGCAUCCUUCGCUCUGAAGAAGAUUAAACGCUCAUCCAUCAGAAAGGGAAUGGUGAUGGUAUCUCCGAAACUCAACCCUCAGGCAUCCUGGGAGUUCGAGGGAGAAAUCUUAGUGCUGCACCAUCCGACAACAAUCAGCCCUCGGUACCAGGCAAUGGUGCACUGUGGCAGCAUCCGUCAGACAGCCACCAUUCUGUGUAUGAGCAAGGACUGCCUAAGGACAGGGGACAAGGCCACUGUCCAUUUCCGCUUCAUCAAAACCCCCGAGUACCUGCACGCUGAUCAGCGCCUUGUCUUCAGAGAGGGCCGGACCAAAGCCGUGGGGACUAUAACCAAGUUAAUCCAGACCACAAACACAUCGCCAUCUAACACCAAACCGCUCCAGCUGAAGAUGCAGUCGACUAAGAAGGGGACCCUGGUGAAGAAGGAGGUGGUACCGGCAGCAACUGGUUCGACCCUUGAGGAGGGUCCAUCUUUGGGACAGACAACAGCUCUACAUACAUUGAGCCAAACACAGAUGCCUUCAGAGGAGGAUAAACAGAAUCGAGAUGUUAAUAAGGAAAACAAGCCCAAGGGUGGUGGAGGGAGAAGACGAGGAGGACAACGACACAAAGUGAAAUCGCAGGGAACAGCAGUGACUCCAGCCGGUGGCUACUAGACACAGCAUGACUUCAGCAAGCAACAACACAAGGCACAGAAACUCCCUCCGCUCCCUUCUUUUUCCCUCUUUCCGAUUUAUCCUAAAGAAUUAUGGAAGUGUCUGGAGCCAAUCAGGAAAUGACAUGGACAUCGUUUUAUUUUUUAAGAAACAUUUUUUGAAAUGGAUUUUACAAUUUAAACCAUGUGAUGACGGUGACUGAUGCAUUUCAAGCCUGUUCUCAACGUGUCUCUUUGAAUUUUAUGCAUGUCUGUAGAUUUUUUGAUAUAUAAAAAAAAAGGUUCAAAAUAAUCGGAAGUUUGCUCCAGUUGAGCAGGAAGUGUGUAUAAGGAACACAGCCAAGCUGUUUUACUCCAGUAUUUAAUUUUAAAAGUUGCUCCUCACGUUGUCUCUUAAUCAGAUUGGGCCUGCCCUUCUGUUCAUUCGAUCUUACAGAUCACUUGACUGUGACUGAUUAAUUAUAAAUGAUCAGUUUUAUUGUCUAGCUUGCCACUGAAGCUGAAGAGCACAGGAUUAUUCUGCUUUGAUCUGUAAGGCCAAUAAUAUUCAAUUUGGUGCUGGUGGAGGGGGAAAGAAUCUAUAAUUUUACCAAGUCUUAAAAAUCAAAUCCGAAUUGGCGUUUGGGAUCUUGUAGCCACAGAAUUGACUGCAGGAAGUUUAGACCCAUCUCUGUCAUCCUCAUUCCCAAUUCUCAAGGUGCUGCAGCCUCAACUCAAAACACAUAUUGAAGCAAAGUGAGUUGGUGGGGGACACCAGCUUUGAGAGUCAGUGAGACAGAUCUGCUGUACAGCAUUCAAACAUUUUGUAGUGUUCGUCCUGGAAGAUUUUUUUUCAGCUUUGGACAUGAGAGCAUGGGUAAGAAGUGGAGCUGGGGUAUAAAUCCACCCAUUCAAUAGCUGGUUACCUGCUAUUGGGACCUGGGGCUGUAUUAACAUUGCUCAAAUGUGUUUUUUUGUUUUCCCCUCUUCAAAUUGAGUUGUCUGUUGGUUGGCAUUGAUGUGACUGGGAAUAUUGUUUAGGAGAACAUAAUUUAUCUGUGUUUAACCAGGUCUUGGUCCUAUUCUUGCAGUAGGCAACAUGGAGUUGAGGGUUCUAGUGUUGAAGGUUCUUUUCUGCCUCUGCCCCACUAAACCCUCUCCUUUCCCUCUCUAUACAAGACAGGUUCAUUAACCAUUAAAUUGGUGCAAUUUUAAGAUGAAACCUGGAAGAAUAGCUGACCUGUCUAAGGUGGAAACAUACACCUCUGAUCCUAACAAAUCUCUUGACUUUGAGAAAUUCACAUUAAGUUAUGGCCUGUGCAGAAAUCUUUGUUCGAUGAGCUAUCUCCCACUUGAACUUUUUGAGCACCCUGGGUAUCUGUGCUAAAGCAGCUGCUGAGAAUAUUGUUUGAGUAAUUAUUCAGGGGUGAGGAAGUGCCAGUAAGAAGCUUUUACUCCUCCCUAAUCCAUUGGUCUGCCACUACAUUAGACCGGUAUAGAUGGAGAUCACUGGAAAGAUGGUUUCUGUGUAUGGAGUUGGGGGAUUGGAAAAUAUAGAUGCACGUAAGUACCCAGUACAAUGAAAAAUGACUUGCCUGGAAUACUGACACUAUGUUUAAAGUGAUCUCUGCUAAGAUAAAUGUUUUGAUCUUCUCCCAUGGUGUAAAAUAUUUCCUAAUUUGCUGUUUUAACCUUUCAACCAAAGGACCCUAGCUGGAAACAUAUUCAUUUCCUCAGAUUGUAGACAUGCCCUUAUGCUGUUUAAUCUUGCCAUGUUUGGAAUAUUCCAUUCUGUCACUAGAUGUCAGUCAUGUACUCUGCAAACAUGUAGCAAGGUAUAUAUGAAACUGUUUUUACAUAUGUUGGGGUGGGGAGGGGAGGGGGAGAGAGAAUGUGGUUUUAAUUCAAGAACUAUGUGGUGAUGUGGUCAUGUUUAUUGCCCAUCCCCAGAGGUUUGUGGGUCAUCAGUUUGAACAGCUGGAAGCUCAGGGUGGAUACUAGAACCAGAUCAGCAGAGCACUAUUGAAGUGUUUCUUUUCUCCCCUCGUAUUGGCAUAACAUGAGGGAAAUAAAGUAACACUUAGACCAAUAUUCUAGCUGAUCAACAAUUCUGAUUGUCAGUUAAUCCCAAGCACAAUCACCCUGUGUAGUCCAUAUCUUGCAUCAUAAUCCCAUGGUAAAAGUGUGCAGUGUUUUGAAUCAGUUUUAAUUGAGCUUGAAAAUGGAGUAAAAUAUAGUCAUGGGGCAGACUAUCACAGCUCAGCAUCACUGACUGCAACUUCCUUAAGUAAUUUCUAAUUCCAGAGGCACAUUGAUAACUCUCACAAGCAGAGUGUGUCAGACCUUCCCUUUCUGUUCUUGGAGCGGGGGGGCAUGGUGCUGUGUUUAUUAAUAAAAUCCUUCAAUUUCACUGAGCUGCGACUCUAUUUGUCCAAUGAGAACUUUAAAAUUCUGAGUGUGCUGUUGUCCAAAUACAUAAUCCAGCUGUGGCCAAUUGCAUUCUGUUAAGUAAAUGAUAAUGGACAUUU